UGUCUUUUCUUUUUCCCCUCUCAGGAUAUCCUUUUGCCUUGUUCCAGCGCUAUUUCCUCUUCCAGAAGGAGGCCUACCUCAUUCAUCUCUACAAUGUGUUCACGGGACUCUCAAUUGCUUACUUCAAUUUUGGGAUGCAGUUUCUUCAUUCCCUGAUAUGUGUCCUAAUCCAGUUCCUCAUACUGAGACUAAUGGGUCGCACAGUCACUGCUGUCAUCACCACAUUCCUCUUUCAGAUGACAUACCUUAUGGCUGGAUAUUACUUCACAGCCACAGAGCAUUAUGACAUCAAAUGGACAAUGCCACAUUGUGUCUUGACACUUAAGUUGAUUGGUCUGGCCAUCGAUUACUAUGAUGGAGGAAAAGAUCCGGAGUUCCUGACCCCUGAGCAGAGGCGAUUUGCUGUUCGGGGGGUUCCUACCUUGCUGGAGGUCUCAGGAUUCUCCUAUUUCUAUGGUGCCUUCAUGGUUGGGCCUCAGUUCUCCAUGACAGACUAUCAGAAACUGGCAAGGGGUGAGAUGACUGACGUUCCAGGCCAGAGACCCAAUAGUUUCGUGCCUGCUCUCAAGCGCCUGAGCCUGGGUCUCUUGUUUCUAGUAACCUACACCUUGUCAAGCCUGUACAUCUCUGAUGAAUACCUCACCUCAGAUGACUAUAUGGAGAAGCCUUUCUGGUUCCGUUGUGGUUACAUAUUGAUCUGGGGCAAAAUGAUACUCUACAAAUACGUAACUUGCUGGCUUGUUACGGAAGGUGUCUGCAUCCUUGUUGGUCUGGGGUACAAUGGGAAAGACCAGAAUGGAAAGCCUUUGUGGAAUGCCUGUGCCAACAUGAAGGUCUGGCUGUAUGAGACAACACCUUUGUUCACAGGGACCAUUGCUUCUUUCAACAUCAACACCAAUGCUUGGGUGGCCCGCUACAUCUUCAAGCGCUUGAAGUUCCUGGGCAACAAACUGCUGUCACAGGCACUGGCCCUGUUCUUCCUGGCCAUUUGGCACGGGCUGCACUCUGGCUACCUGGUGUGCUUUCAGAUGGAAUUGCUUAUAGUCAUCGUGGAAAGACAGGUCAUGAACCUUGUUCGAGACAGUCCUCCCCUGAGCACAUUGGCCUCCAUCACUGCCUUGCGGCCCAUCUUCUACGUGCUGCAGCAGACUAACCACUGGAUGUUCAUGGGUUACUCUCUGGUGCCAUUUUGCCUUUUCACCUGGGACAAAUGGAUGAAGGUGUACAGGUCUAUUUAUUUCUUUGGCCACGUGUUAUUCUUCACCUUACUGCUGGUGUUGCCUUACAUUCGCAGAUUAAUUGUGCCACGAAAAGAAAAGCUAAAAAGAGCAGAGUAACAGCCAAAAGAUUGUACCACCUGUGCAUUCGUAGGAGUUGAUUUUACACUCCGGAAGCAAAGCAUCACCUGCCAAGUCUGCUGUGUUGAAGUAUGACUAUUUUUCAACGCAUAAGGAGGGGGAAGGAGAAAGCACAGGGUCAGAGACCCCAAAGGAGGGGAUCUGAGCGAGCCUCCUUGAGACCCUCCACCUUCUGUCUGUUGCCUUAUCUGUGCCGCCCCACGGCCGGCACCACUCGUCUCUCCGCUGAUACCAGAUGA